UUGUCUGUUCCCAUGGAAACCCGGAAGCGUGCGCAGGGGGAUCCGCGGCUUCACUCUGGCUUUAGUCCGUCACCUAUAACCCGCCCGGAAUGCACAGAUGCCACGUGAGAAAGGUUCCGAGUGAGGAAAGCUUUUGCGGAGAAUAAGGCGGUGAGACAGUGCUCGGCUAAAGCGACUACGGCAGAACAAUCGGGAACGCGCUGCACAUCCAGGUUCCGCAUCAGACGUCGCAGGCGGCUCUUGUGGACCCGACAGUGGACGGGAGAUGCCGAUUCAAAGCGGCAUAUGGAGUCCUUGCCUUACAAAGGGGAGGAGUUGUUUGGAGACGGCCUCUCGGACCUUGUCGCUACGGCGGGACCUUACAGGAGUAAACCUUGGGCCCUGUCCCUUUCCCUGAAGUAAUGGAGAGUCUGGGGGACAAUAAAGACGGACCAGAUUACUCCCUGUUUUUGUCCUCCCUCCGUAUCGCAUGGGCCCUAAAGGAUAUGGAGCAGGCCCAGGGCAACGUGAGACAAUUCAUCGCAACACUGGACGACCCGGAGACCGCGCUCUUGGACCUGCUGGACGACUGUAAUUCCUCUAAGGGAAGAGGGAAUUCUCUUCCCGUUUUCUUGGCUAAUGAAUUUCAAAGGUGGCUCAUAGAUCAUCCGGAAAGCCAUCAGUCUGGCUUGAAAUUGAAGAAGCUGCAGACGCGCGUGUUCAGUUUAGUCGUGGAAGGGCCGCUUUUGGAUAUCCUAAUGUCCAUCUACCGGCUGCAGGAUGCCGACCAAUGUUUUCUGCUGGGGCACGUUACACACCUGCACCAGGUGGGAAAGUAUAAAGAGGCGGUCAUUGUGAGUACCAAGCUGAACCUCCAGCCUGAUCUGGACUUGGAGCAGAUGUGCGCCCCCUUGCUGCUGAUGGAGAGAUUUAACCUGGUGGAGGGAUAUGUGGCCGGGCACCCGGAGCUGCAGUCUCGGCUGCUCCAGAUGUUGGAUCGGUGGAGCGACUCCAGCUUCAACCCCAGGAAACUUAGCAAAGAGUAUAAGGGUCUUCCCCCUGUGAAACCAGACAAACUAAACCUGAAAACUGUGAGCAAACUGGCAUUCCGGCUGCUGGAAAUGUAUCACCUUGACCCAGCUCUUUGUUCAAACCUGAUAAAUCAGCGUCACCUGGGCACCCUGAAAUACCUAAUGUACAAGAGAUUUGUGGAGAAAACAAUGACGCAGGAGAACUGGACGGACCACGUGCAGAGCACGGUGGGGGAAAACCGCUGGUUACAGGAGCAGUGCGUUUCGCUGCUGUGCCGCUAUUGUGACCUGGAAACAGCCGGGCGCUGGGCUCUGAAGUUUGAGUUGCCCAAAGAAUCUCUUCAUCACAGCCUGGCCGACAUUCUCCAGGACCUGUCUAUGCAGGAGAAGCUGUCAGAGAGUGAGAAAAACUCUGAGGAUUCUCAAGCGAGGAAGAAACACUUUUACCAGCUUCCUAUUCCCAGGAGCAGAGUUCAUUUCCUGCAGGAUCAUGCAGAGCUGUCCGGCUGCAGAGACCUGGUCCUCAAGGACGGACAAGUCGUGGGAGUGGACAUGGAGUGGAGACCCUCAUUUGGCGGCCUGGGGAAGCCGAAUGUGUCGCUGAUACAGAUUGCAGUGCAGGGGGAGGUGUUUCUGUUGGAUGUUCUGCAAGGGAACUUCGUCCAGAACAGGGAUGAAGGGGAGCGAGAUAACCGAGAGCUAGCCAGAUUCAUCAAAGAUCUGUUUUCCUCUAGCGGCGUUACCAAGCUGGGUUAUGGAAUGCUGGGGGAUCUUCAAAGCCUGGAUGCCACCGACGCAGCGUUCCAGGCACUUGACUUGCGAAAUGUUAUUGACCUCUGUGAGGUGCAUAAGCAGAUCCAGCGUAAUCACAGCCGGCCGAGAGGGGCCGGUGGGCCGGUGGAGGUCUUGGAGGAUUGUCCGGGGGAAGAAGGCAUUCGGCAGCAAGAGAAGGGACUGAGCCUACUAGUGAAGGACGUGUUGGGUAAACCACUGGACAAGACGGAGCAGUUAUCAAACUGGGACAAGCGACCCCUUAGGGAACAUCAGAUUGUCUAUGCAGCCGCUGAUGCCUACUGCUUACUGGAGGUGUUUGAGACUCUGCGCGGUUUCCCAGAGAAGUUUGGACUGAAAUCAAAUUUCCAUGAAUGCACCAAGGGCAAAGUAACCUACGGACCAAACAUGAGAAAAUCUCCGCACCAGAAGCAGCCGGCACAACCUAAGCAGAAGUUUACAUCUCCACCAGCCAAAGCGGUCCCCUCUUCCCAGAGCGCACCAUUGUCCCCCCGGGAGUUCAGAGUCAUCUGUGACAACAUGCUGCAGGGACUCGGACGCUACCUUCGCUGCCUGGGCGUGGAUGUCCUGAUGUUGGACAAUGAUGAUGACCACCGGAAAGCAGCCGAGAUUGCCAGACGGGACGGAAGAGUCAUCCUGACCUGUGGCCUGCCCUACCAGACGCUCCGUUCACAAAUCGGGGAAGGGAAAUGCUUCUCGGUAGACUGUUCGGAAAAAGCCCGGGAGCAGGCGAUCAGGGUCCUGAAGCACUUUAACGUCUGCGUCACCCUCGCUGAUGUGUUCAGCCGCUGCCAGCUUAGUCAAUCCACCGGACUGGCGCUGGGGGAAACUGAGCGGCAGUGCACAGAGCGUGGGGCUGUCUUGGACUGUAGACCAACACUUAAACAUCAAGUGACAGCCAUGAUCAAAAUCUCACUCUUUCAUCUGAGGAACAUGGCCAGAAUCCAGCACGUCAUUCCCUCAGAUCUACCUAAAGUCAUACAUGCAUGUGUAUCAUCUUAUUUGGAUUGCUGCAGUGCCCUCCACGUGGGUCUCCCAGCAAAAGAGUUCCAACGGUUGCAGCCGGAACAUAAUGCAGCAAGCAGGCUAUUGGCGAGCCAGCCACGUUUCAGCCACAUAACACCUGUUCUCUGCUCCCGUCGCUGGCUGCCUGUAAGAUGGCGAAUCUAUUUCAGUAUUGGCUUACUGACUUUCACAGCCCUACAUGACAAGGGCCCAAGGUGCCUGAAGUAUCUUCUGAUUCCUUACUGCCCCACUCGAUUACUGCGAUCUGUAGAUGAAUACCGGUAGCAGUACCUAGGCUCUUUAAUUAGGGGCCCGAGCUUAUAGCUCUGCUGCUCCGACCCUCUGUAAUGCAAACAAAUCAAGGGGCCUCCACUCUAGAAACUUUCAAAAACACAGCAAAGACUGACCUGUAACUCACGCGUUUCACUAAUACCUCUUAUUU